AUGUUAACUCUUGAAGAAUUUGAAUGUGGCUGGGAUUAUUUGACCAAGAAGUAUGACCUAGGUGGUAACCCUUUCAUGACAAGAGCGUUUGAAGUGCGGGAAAAGUGGGCGAAGCCAUAUUUUAAUGAUAUUUUCUGUGCAAGAAUGUCAACUACUCAGAGGAGUGAGAGCGCGAACCAUGUGCUUAAAGUAUAUGUUCCAUGCAAAUCUUCAAUAAACAUGUUUGUCAAGCAGUAUACUAGGCUUAUUGAUGAUAGAGAAAAGGCUGAUGACAAAGCCGAGAAAAACAGAAGCCAGAAAAUUUCGAAGCCUAUGUUUGGUUACCCAAUUGAGAAGCACGCUUCGAAAUUAUAUACUCCUGCAGUUUUCAAGUUGUUCAAGGCUGAAUUAAAGAAGACAACUUCAUAUGUUAUUGUUGACAAUUCAGAUGGCUUAUGUUAUGAAGUGUUGCACGUAGAUUCUGAAAACAGAGAAUCCUGGAGCCGUGUAAAUUUCACAAUAACAAUUGAUCCACAAUUGGGGUUAUACAAGUGUCAAUGCAGGCUGUAUGAGCACUUUGGUAUUAUACGCUGCCACAUUAUGCUGGUUAUGACCCAGACUGGAGUGAUGAAAAUACCUGAAUGUCACAUUAUGAAAAGGUGGACAGUUGAUGCAAGGAAAGGAUCAAAUGUAAAAAAUGGAAAUCUGUUGCAGUUCUGGAUUAUGAAGCAAACAGAACUUUAA